AAUCGAAACUUAAAAUAUGGAAGAAGCUGAAUCGAAAUAGGAAAUACUAUAAACAGUGACUACGUCGGUGUAAAACAACGUUGAAAAGAGCGAGCAGAAGAAAGCUGUCUUGGUUGAUUUUUAUUGUAGUUUUAACCUGGUUUCAUACAUGAUGGAUGGAUAUAAAAACUGCGUAUCACAAAUCAACGAGUACGCGCAGCAAUCAGGAUCUGUGCUGUCAUUUCAGGACCUGGGCUGUGUUGGACCAGAUCAUGACAGGGUAUUCAGCUGUAGGGUUGUCCUUGAUGGUGAAGUCUAUCCUGAUGCUGUGGGGAGGAGCAAGAAGAAAGCCAAGUAUAAUGCUGCUGAAAGUGCCCUGAAAUGUUUGUUGGCGAGGACACGUGUCAGUGAUGAGACAAGAAGACAAAGUGUGACCUCCAAAGACAACAACUUUCCAGAGAAAUGUGUAACAGGGACUGCCAGCCAGUGCAGUCAGAAGCGCUUGCAUGAUCAUACCUGUGAGAAAAGAUGCCAUGAACCAAACAACUCCCAGUUUUUCUGCAAAUCUGUGAUCAACAGCAAGGAACACCCUGUGAGUGAGGAUGAGAAUGUCAAGAAAGCCAAACAAAACACGUCUCAGUGGACUGCUCCUCAACAACACUCAGAGUCAGACAGCAAGGAUUCCUUUGGCACAACUGCGUCCAAAGAUGAUGCAGCGAUGUCCUCACAACUAACUGAAUCAACCAUACUGUUCUCCAGUGAAUUGUCACAAAGCAGUGAAUCCAUAGUAUUCGCUGCUUCAUCAAACCCUUUGAAGGCUCAGGUGUCCUCGUGGUCAAAUGUGUCUAAAAGUGAUGCAUCAACUUCUUUAGAAUCUACUGAGCCAUCGACACAAAACAUGGAAACAGGUGAAAAUUACAGUGGAUACAUGGAUAUAUCAAACCCAGACAAGGAUCAGGUUGCUGUGAAAAACAACAGUAUGGGAAAUGGUGAGAGUAACACGUCGACCCAGUCAAGAUUCAUAUUAGAAUUUGAUUCCAUAUCACGUCUUGGCAAAGGAGGCUUUGGUAGUGUCUACAAGGCAAGAGAAAAACUGGUCAACAAGUAUUACGCCGUCAAGGUUGUCCAGUUUAAAAAAAAAGCUUUGCGAGAGGUAACGGCAUUGUCAGACCUCCAUCACCACAACAUUGUACGAUACUUCAAUUGCUGGAAGGAGGAUUCAGACUACCAGGACAGUUCAGUGGAGAGUUCCACCUCUUCUGAGUCCUUCAGCCAUUCAUCACCAAUGUACCUAUACAUUAAGAUGGAAUUAUGUGACACCAGAACACUGAAAAGCUGGAUAAUGGAGAGGAAUGUAGAACAUCAGCAAGACUCCAAACGAAGAGAAGAAAGUCUAAACAUCGCUCAACAAAUAGUCAGUGGAGUCGAGUACAUUCACUCCAAAAAACACAUCCACAGGGACCUAAAGCCUCCCAACAUCAUGUUUGGACAGAAUAAAGAAGUAAAGAUUGUGGACUUUGGCCUAGUCACCGCUGAGGCUGACGGCAAUGACAAACACCUGAUGGAGAGAACUAAAAGAACAGGAACCAUAUCCUACAUGGCUCCAGAACAACAUGGGAAAACCUAUGACAAAAAGGUGGACAUAUUCGCGUUGGGGCUUAUAUACCUUGAACUCCUUUGGAAAGUCUCCUCUGGCUCUGAAAGAGCAGCCAUUUUCAUGGAUGCCAAACAAAAGAAGUUCCCUACACAGUUUACAUCAGAGUUUCUCCAAGAGCACCAAAUAAUCAAGUCAAUGUUGCAUGAGAAGCCAGGAGACCGUCCUGAAGCUGUUGCCCUGAAAACGAAGCUUGAAAAGUUGUCUCUCACUCUCAGUGCCCAAAAAGAUGGGUCUUGGCGAACUGUAUCUGAUCGCACAAGAUAGUUACACAAGCCCGGAGGCGUCCCACAAGGUUCAGUGCUUGGCCCCCUUCUCGUCAUCAUCUACAUGUUUUAUCAUACACCAUCAUGGCCUCCAUCUCCACUGUUACGCCAAUGAUACCCAGUUCUACUUCUGACAAACUCUUGGAUGCAAACUUACUUCCUCAUUCACUGAUUUGGCUUUGUAUUACUAGAAUAGGGUUGGUAUUCUGUGCUUCCCAACCUCAGUUU